CGGUUUUGUCUCCUUCGUUGUGACAUCGACUAAGCUCGCCACCAGAAGUCGUAUCGACGUUCUUCCAGAAAGGAAUCCGCUUGUAAGACGGGCGGCCUACCUUUUCGACAACGGGAUGUUAUCCCACCCAAUCGCCGGUACCAUACUACAGCAACAUACAAAUCCGGGUGUAAUGUCUCAACUUGCUUUAUGCGCGACUAUGCGUAAUGGCAAUGCAUGCUUAUUGCGAACAAAGAAAUGUUGGCAGUCUCUCUCUUUCCAGAGAGCAGGCGUACUUUGUCGCGAUAUUGCAUCGCUUUAAAUGACCCGCACAAUUGAACUUCGACAUGUGUCUCCGAAUCGAAGUCCAUGUUGCAGUACUACUAAGCGAGCGAAAUCAUGCUUUUUCCAUCUGUAGAAGGCGUACGGCUAGCCACCUCAGAUGACCUGGGCCGAAUCUCACUUGUUGCGGCUGCUGCGUUUCUUUCAUCACCUUCUUUCCAAUUCCAACGCCUCUGUUAUCGAGAUUUCCCAUCAGAAACUAUAGCUUCCUACUUCGUUCAGUACGAGAAAGCUAUAAGAUAUCCUGCAUACGUAGUACUCGUAGCAGAGGAUAGCAUUGAAGAAGACGAGUCUGAAUACGUCUACGAAGCAUUGCGAGCGUCUUUUAAGUUGGCCAUUCCGACUCAGAGGGGUAUCGUAGGAGUGUGCAGUAUUUAGCUCAAAUCGGGUUCAGCAUAUACUCAUCGACUUCAACCCAAAAACGUGCUCGCUGGCAUCGUUGACCGGCUGGACCUCCUGACCUUGGAAGAGAUCAAAGUGCUGAAGCCGUAAAGAUCUAUAACGCAGUCACGCGUCCAGCAAAACUGGAGUAUGCGUCAUCGAAAUAUCCAGGCGGAGAUUGCCGACAGCGAAGAGUAGGUAUCUGGAGGGCAGAAUGCGUCUCAGUACUGUAGCAGUGGCACCAUGUUAUUGGUG